AUGGAUCAAGACACUGCAUUUCCACUUUUCAAGGCACCAGCACAACACUGGAGAUUCACCUACAAGCCAUCCACGAAUAAACAAAGGGGAUCUCUGGCAGGGGAGGGAGAGGAAGAAGCGGGGGAAGGAGACGUCAGAUCCUUCCCCAGCCAGAAAUUGUUUUGCUUCUGCGAAGUUUUCGAAGCCGUCCUCGACAGGAGGUUAGAAACCCGCCUCCUCCCUCUCUCCCCCGCAGCUUCCAGGCUACUACCAGCCUCCCACCGGAACGCACGCACCCACCCCGCCCCCGCCCCCGGGCCUCCCGAGGCCUCCAUCACCGUCCCGGAGUCUCUCUUCCCGCCUCAAACUUCCCACAGACCCGCCCCGCGCCCUCCCAGGCUCGCCCCGGCCGCCGCCCCCUCCCCCUCGCCGCCGCUCCCCACGUGCAGGGCGCCCGGGCCGCGGUGGGAUCGCCGCACCAGCCACAGGCUCGCUGCCGGGGCCUCGCAGCUCUCCCCUCGCGGCCCCGUCCGCCCCAGGCCAACCCCACGCCGAGAAGGCCCGCGGUCGGCCGCCCGGCUGCCAGUCCGCCAGGCGCGAGGAUGCGCUCCGCGGCGCCGGCCUGCGCUCGCCACUCACACGCCCCCUAAGCGCCCAGCCCGUCCGCCGCCGCCGCCGGCCUUCCAAGAGCUGCUCGGCCUUCGCCCGGCGUCCGGCCGCUGGGCCGCCGCCCGGGCACCGCGCUGCCUCCGCCCUCCGCCCGGCGGGUUCCCGUCCGCCCCGCCACAUCCUGACCCGCCCGCCCGCCGCUCCCUUUCUUACCGGCUGGCGUGCAGGAUUCGCGGGGCGGAGGGAGACGACUCGGCUCGGCGGUCUCCCCCGCGCCCGGGCCCGCGGUCUCUUCAGCCGAGUGAGUCCUCAGGCUCCAGGCGUCUCGGGCACCAACGGCGAGGGCAGCAAGAGCGACAAGUAACCAGCCGUCGUCGUCGUCGCCGCGGCCACGCGCGCGCUCCCGUUCCCGCCGCUUAUCGGCUCUGGCUCUCAGAAGCCGCCAUGACGCCGAGAGAGCGAGAGCGCAACCGUCCCGGUCGUAGCCGUCUCCGCCGCCACUGCCACCGAGGUCGCCGUCGCCUCCGCCUCCCGCGCGACGUAAGCUCCGCGGCUCACUCCCCUUCCUCACUCAGCGCGAGGCAAGCUGGCGGGCGAGCGGGCGCGAGCACGUCGAACCCUCCGAGCGGCGCGCGGGCGGUGGGAGGGGCUACGUUGUGGAGUCGUAGGGCGUAGGAAGCAAGCGAUUGGCCCGGAGUCCGGGCGGCUUGCGAGUGCGCGCACGCGCGCGGGUGGGAGCGCGCACGCCGACUACGCGGAGGCCGCCGGACUCUGACCACGGCCGUGGGCCGCGGAUCUUGGACUAGGCGCCCUCCCCUUAGCGGCCUUGAGUUGAGUUCCGGGAAGUGGGAGCCGCAGGCUCGCUCCGUGCGGGUAUGGACGCUAUUCGGGACCGUUGCGCCAGGAUGUCGAGGCUGAGAGACUGAGAAGGAAAGAGGAAGCGGAGGGGUGGGGAGGUACAGAAGACUAUGAUGGGGUUCGGGUAGCCGCGAAAGGUUCGCGCUGGGUCAGUCAAGGGUCUGGGUCGAGCGUGGGGUCCGGUCGCCCGGGCCUCGGCCGGGGCUGAGCGCCUGUCGGGAGGCAUGGGGCCGGGGCCGCUGCGUCACACCAGGCAGCCUGGGAACCCAACUGUUGGGCCACUGUGGCCCCCUCCCGCCGCCCCUGCGCUAGGCGACCUGCCACUGGGGCUCCCCCGGGGGCCUAGGGCUCCGCGUGGGCGGGGCCGCACCUGGGAUGACGGAGGAACAUAGAGACCGAGUUGUUGACAUCCGGUGCCGCUUCUUGAUUUCAUUUUGGGGGCAGUCGAGCCCGGCUCAGGAAAAAACAAAAAAAAGGACAACUUUUACAGCCUUUCUAGGUUCCUUCCCUGGAAAGCGGGGUGGAGGGUGCGGUUCAGAAUCGCAACAAAAAAAGCAAUUUGUAGGACGUUAGUAACUGUCUCAGCUGAAGGUGCUGUAAUUUAGUUGACCGUUUCUUUCAUAACUGUAACCGCGGGCCUCGGAUACAAUCCUUUAAGUGAGUCGUAGGGAACUUUGCAAGCACGGCGGUGCCCUGAUUCACUCUUAGAAAAAAAAAUUUUUUAAAUAAAAAAUAGUUUACACUUCAUUAGUUUUCUGCUCCACAUCGAUCGUGAAUCACUCAAAGUUAAUAAUUUUUGAAACUUUCUAAUCCCAUUCUUCAGUUAUUUGAUUUGAUGUAAAGUCCAUGAGUUUGAAUGUAAUGACCGCAUUUCCAAAGUAAUUCGUUGUGUGGGACAUAGUCAACUUUUAUAAACAGCUUGGUUCAAAGCCUUUAAAAAGAUCUCAAAACCUAUGUGUUCUGUGUAUGGAAGGGUACCUUCAUCUUCACCCUUGGGGCGUAGGGAAAGGCAAAAAGGUACACAUGGUCUACCCGAAAAAAAAUGUAUGUCUGAUCAAUAAAUAGUGAAACAAAAUGAAA